CCAACACAACUUUCUCCUUCCAGUUCUCCCUCCAUAUCUCUCUACUCUGCGGUCAAACAAAAAAUUAUUUUGUUUUUCUCCUUUUCCUAUUCUCAAUGGCAAUUCAGCAGAUUGUGUUCUUUUCUCUUUUGUUGAUGAUGUUGUUAUUAUCUGUGUCGGGCAAGAACAACCAGUCUGAGUUCUUUGAUCUUAUGAAGAAGUCUCUGUCAGGAGACUUGAUGGCUGGCUGGGAUGGAAAACAUGUUUGCAACUAUUCCGGGAUUGGGUGUGAUGAUCUUGGUUAUGUUGUGAAGAUCGAUAUUUCUGGGUGGUCAUUAUCAGGCCGGUUUCCAGAAGGCGUCUGUGAUUAUUUGCCAAAGCUGCGAGUUCUUCGCCUCGGCCAGAAUCAUUUCCAUGGAAAUCGGUUUCCUGUCGGCGUCACCAACUGCUCGGUGUUGGAAGAGCUAAACAUGACGGGUACAUAUGUGACCGGAGCUUUGCCGGACUUGACGCCUUUGCAGGCUUUAAGGUCACUUGAUUUAUCCUUCAACCUCUUCACCGGUGAGUUUCCUUUGUCGGUCACUAAUCUCAGUAAUCUUGAAGUUCUCAAUUUCAAUGAGAAUGGCGGGUUCAGCCCGUGGCGGCUACCGGCGAAUAUCACCGGGCUGAGAAAGCUCAAGAGUCUGGUGUUAACGGCAUGCAAACUCUCCGGGGGAAUUCCGGUGGGGAUUGGGAGCAUGGCCUCACUGGUGGACCUUGAAUUGAGCGAAAAUGGCAUGGUGGGAAGGAUCCCGGGGGAGCUAGGGAUGUUACCCAACUUACAACUUCUUGAGCUUUAUUACAAUCAACUCGACGGAGAAAUCCCGGAAGAGCUUGGGAAUUUAAGUAACUUGGUGGACUUGGAUUUGUCCGGGAACAGAUUAAUCGGCAAAAUCCCGGACUCCAUUUCCUGUCUUCCCAACCUACAAGUCCUUCAAGUUUACAACAAUACUCUCUCCGGCCAAUUCCCGGCCGGCCUGGCUAACUCCACCACCUUGAGAAUCUUGUCCCUUUACGCCAAUUCCCUGUCCGGGGAAAUCCCAGAAAACUUUGGGACGUCACCUUCUCUGGUCGUUUUAGAUUUGUCGGAAAAUCAAUUCUCUGGAAAGCUACCACCAAACCUGUGUAACGGAGGUAAGUUGACGUACAUCCUUCUUCUCCAGAAUAUGUUCUCAGGGGAAUUGCCGGAAAGUUAUGGGAAUUGCCGGAGUGUUGUGCGGUUUAGAGUGAACUAUAAUCUUUUAGAGGGUAAGAUCCCAGAACCCAUAUUUGGUCUCCCCCACGCUUCAAUAAUCGACGUGAGUAAUAACAGGCUCAACGGCUCAAUCCCCAGAACCAUUGAGAAUGCUAAGAACUUAUCAGAACUGUUCAUCCAGGGCAACAUGAUUUCCGGCACACUGCCUUGUAUAAUCUCUAGAGUUUCCAAUCUUGUGAAGAUUGAUGCCAGCAAUAACCUCCUAUCAGGUCCAAUACCAUUCGAAAUCGGGCACCUGAAAAGGCUAAAUGUUCUGAUUCUUCAUGGGAACAGGCUAAACUCUUCCAUUCCUGAAUCCUUAUCCUCCCUGAAAUCCUUGAAUUACCUGGAUUUGUCCAACAAUCUUUUGAUGGGGAGAAUCCCAGAGAGCCUUGGUGAAUUGCUACCGAACCCGAUGAACUUCUCGAACAAUAUGUUGUCCGGUGCUAUACCUGAAUCAUUCUUGAAGGGAGGUGUAUUGGAUGGGUUUUCCGGCAAUCCAGGACUAUGUGUUAUGUCCUAUUCCAGUUUAUUCCCUCUCUGCUCACAAUCCUACGACCGGAAAAAGACAAAAAUCGUUUGGGCUGUCGGGAUUUCAGUGUUCUUUGUCAUUGUCGGGGCCAUCUUGUUCCUAAAACGAUGGCACAGCAAACAAAGAGAUUACCAUAUCCCAGAACAAGAAACAUCCUACGACGUCAAGAGUUUCCACAAGCUGAGUUUCGAGCAGCGAGAGAUCUUCGACGGGGUGGCGGAGAAGAACAAAGUCGGUGAGGGAGGGUCCGGGACGGUGUACAAAGUCAACCUGAGCAACGGCGAAGCCAUAGCCGUGAAGAAGCUCCGGCGCCGGAAAGGGAAACAAGAAGGGUUGAGUCUAGACAGGGAAUUGAAGACGGAGGUGGAGACGCUGGGGAGGAUACGCCACAAGAACAUUGUGAAGCUCUAUUGCUACUUCUCCGGCGUGGAUUCCAGCUUGUUGGUUUAUGAAUACAUGCCAAAUGGGAACCUGGGCGAGGCACUUCACGGCGGAAAGGCGGCGGAUUUGGAUUGGCCUAUCCGGCAUCGGAUAGCCCUGGGGAUAGCGCAUGGAUUGGCUUAUCUCCAUCAUGAUCUCCAGCCCCCAAUUAUACACAGGGAUAUCAAAUCCACCAAUAUCCUCCUAGACGUUGAUUACCACCCCAAAGUUGCAGAUUUUGGGAUAGCCAAAAUCUUGCAAGCAAUAAGGGGUGGAAAAGAUUCCACUACCACAGUCAUUGCAGGGACAUAUGGUUACUUGGCACCAGAAUAUGCGUACUCUGCAAAGGCAACUACCAAGUGCGACGUUUACAGCUACGGGGUAGUGCUGAUGGAGCUAAUAACAGGGAAGAAGCCGGUGGAAGCCGAAUUCGGGGAGAACAAGAACAUUGUGUAUUGGGUUUCAAGCAAGGUGGAAACCAAGGAAGCGGCAUACAAGUUGUUGGAUAAACGGGUGUCGGAGUCAUUCAAGGGACACAUGAUUCAGGCGCUCCGUAUUGCCAUCCGUUGCACUUGUAGAACCCCCGCCUUACGCCCCACCAUGAACGAGGUCGCCCAAUAUCUCGUGGAGGCACAAUGUUGAGUAUGUCAAAACAUGAGUGAGCCCAUGGAUGUGUCUUUCAGUUGAGAGUGAUGCGAAUUGAAAUGUCACGUAACACUACUGUGGAAGAAGCUAAGCAAGUUGAAGAAAUGCCAGAGAGCAUCGAUCCAUUAUAUGUGGAAUGUCAGAGAUUUGGCCUAUAUAUAUAUUUGUGACUACUACUCAUAGGUAGCAUAACAGAACAGUAACCUCUGAUCUUUAAUUUGCUUUUUCAAAACCAUCAUAUCAUUUGUAGUAUAAAGUUGUGUUUCACUUUUGCUUUCCCUUUUCUUCACUAGUUGAGACUUUGUCAAUGUAUCCACUGUGCAUAUAUGGCAUCUACAUUUUGUAAA